AUGUGCAAUAUGGCAUUUCAAAUUACAACCUCGCAAGAAAAUGUAAAUAAAGAUGCAGUGAUAGGUGUAACGUCAAUCCGCUCAGCAUUUGCUCAUUUGGAACAAAUUAGUGCUUCUUUAGACAUACCAUGUAUGUCACAGAGACUUUACAGUAAAGUUCACGAUAAAAUUUCUGACGAUUUGGAGGAAACGAGUAUGCAAACAAUAAAAGACGCUGCCGAAGAAGAGCGAAGGUUAGCAAUUGCUGAAGGUGAGGUGGACAAGAAUGGAACACCUUUAAUAACCGUCGUUGUAGAUGGUAGUUGGGCAAAACGUUCCUACGGAAGCAGCUACAACUCGUUAUCAGGAGCAGCAGCAAUAGUUGGCUUUAGAACGAAAAAAGUGCUAUUCUUUGGCGUGCGAAAUAAGUUUUGUACGCUUUGCAAUUUUUCAUUAAACAAAAAUGAAGAAUACAGAAUGGCGCAUAGAUGUUAUAAAAACUGGUCUGGCUCUGCAGCAAGUUUGAAAGCGGAUAUAAUAGCGGAGGACUUUCAAAAAAAGUGUGGCUAUAUACAAUUUGAUAUACUAUAA